AUUCUGUUCCGGGCCAUCUCAUACGCAUGCGUCCUUUUAUGAGGGUUCGUUCGCUUUCACGGAAGUGUUUUCGAGUUGCCAUCUGGAGCAGCUGCGUGUUUCGAGUAGACUGUCACCAUGGCUCGAAAUGCAGAAAAGGCCAUGACGGCCUUAGCAAGAUUUCGCCAAGCUCAGCUGGAAGAAGGAAAAGUUAAGGAACGAAGGCCUUUUCUUGCAUCAGAAUGUAAUGAACUGCCUAAAGCUGAGAAAUGGAGACGUCAGAUUAUUGGUGAAAUUUCCAAGAAAGUGGCACAAAUUCAAAAUGCUGGUUUGGGUGAAUUCAGAAUUCGUGACUUAAAUGAUGAAAUUAACAAACUUCUUAGAGAAAAGGGACAUUGGGAAGUCCGGAUAAAAGAGUUGGGAGGACCUGAUUAUGCAAGAAUUGGGCCAAAAAUGCUGGACCAUGAAGGAAAAGAAGUUCCAGGAAACAGGGGAUACAAAUACUUUGGAGCUGCUAAGGACCUACCUGGUGUCAGGGAGCUUUUUGAAAAGGAACCCCUUCCUCCUCCAAGGAAGACUCGAGCUGAGCUUAUGAAGGCUAUUGAUGCAGAAUACUAUGGCUACAGAGAUGAGGAUGAUGGUGUUUUGGAACCAUUGGAACAGGAACAUGAAAGAAAAGUUAUAGCAGAAGCAAUGGAGAAAUGGAAAACAGAGAGAGAAGCUUGUCUGGCAAGAGGGGACAAGGAAGAAGAGGAGGAGGAAGAAAACAUCUAUGCUGUAAAUGAUGAUGAGUCCGAUGAAGAAAGUAGAAAGGAGAAGGAAGGUGAGGAUAGCCAGCAGAAGUUUAUUGCUCAUGUCCCAGUGCCAUCACAACAAGAGAUUGAAGAAGCUCUUGUCCGAAGAAAGAAGAUGGAACUUCUUCAGAAAUAUGCCAGUGAAGCUCUUAUGGCUCAAAGUGAAGAGGCUAAAAGGCUUCUAGGACUGUAAAUAGUUCUUGUGACACUUCUGUUUAUAAUCCAUCCUAAAGCAGCGAAUGACUUUGAGAGCAGCUACUUAAAGUGCUUUGAUUUUGGAGAAAGUCAUGUUUUCAUUGCCAGUGCUUAAAACUGCAAAUGACCUUCUCCUGAGUUGAUUUCUUUGCAUCAUCUCCUUCCUAUUCAGUUUUAUAUUUAGCCUUCCCAAAGACAUCAGAUGACCAGCAACCUUGCCUUUAACCUCUCAUUUUCUAGUUAUCCUGGCAUUUGCUUGAUUUCUGCUUUAUGUAGUAGUUCUGGGGUGGCCAACAGUAGCUCUCCAGAUGUUUUUUGCCUACAACUCCCAUCAGCCUCAGCCAUUGGCCAUGCUGGCUGGGGCUGAUGGAAGCUGUAGGCAAAAAACAUCUGGAGAGCUACUGUUGGCCACCCCUGUAGUAGUUUCUACUGUGGUAAAUGCUGCUGGAUUAGAAAGUACAUACUCUAAUAUGCAGUGGCAUUCAAUAGCAUUUAUCAGAAGGCUUAUUUAGCUUAUGCUGUGACCUGCAAAUUUGGGAUAGAAUUGGAAAGCCCAUUUUAUAGCUUUUGGAAUGUUAUUGUUCUGAUGUUGUAGCAGAACUGAAGUGCUCUACCCCAAACAAUGCUGCUUUCAGUAGCGUGCUCAAAGCAAUUCAGAGUAGCUGUUCAUUUGGUUGGAUUUCAAAAGUACUGGAUAUUUCAGCAAGUAAUAUUGUAAAUACUGCUUGACCUUUGUAACUUUUCAAAACUUUUUUUCAGUAAAACAUUUUUUAUAGAGAUCAA